UUUAUUCCUCAUGCAAGGAUGAAUUGAAGACUAUGAUAUUGGAGCUCAGGGAACGAGAAACUCUCUUUCAGUAGACUAUUCCGAUCCCGCCAAGUCUUCUCUCAAGUCUGAGGAGACGACCAAGUCGUCCCUGGGAAGUUUCUUACAUCAAAGCUGCCUUUUCUUGACACUUGACAUUUAAACCUUUCAGUUAUGUAACUAUCCUAUAAUAAUAAUCACAGUGAACUGCUGUCUGUCUUAACAUAUAAUUCUCCACGCAAGCUCCACUCAUCUCUUCUCGAUUCUUGAAAUUUUGUGGUCUUCUUCUCUUCCGUUGCUUAAUGAAGUGAUUAUCAUGAAGAGAUAAGAAAAAGGGCCAUGAAAUUUACAGUUUGCUAUUUUUCAUCUUGGAAAUCUUGAACGACAUCAGCUGAACUAUGAAUAUCAGUGGAAAGAAAUAUGUAAGGUUCAAGGACUGCAAUUCCGAGAGUUCUUUCAGUUCUGAAGGGCAGUCGAAUCGCGGGCUAUUUCCAUUAAGGAAACCAAAUUUCAGACCAAUAGUCGGUGGAAUAAGGAGAGCGUUUGACAGAAGUUCUGAAAGGAUAAAAAACUUGAGAAUACGGUCCAUAGAUUGGGGCCACACCCGAAGCAAUAGGCCAAAAUCAAGCCCGAGGAAGAAAGUACUUGAUCCUCAAGGGCCUUUUCUUCAGAGGUGGAACAAAAUAUUUGUUAUUUCUUGUUUGAUUGCAGUAUCCCUGGAUCCGCUGUUCUUCUACACACCAGUCGUAGAUGCCAAGAAAUUCUGUCUAUCUCUGGACGAGAAUUUGGAGAUCACUGCUUGUGUUCUCCGGUCAUUCAUCGACAUUUUCUACAUAUUUCACAUUGUUUUGCAGUUUCAUACUGGAUUCAUUGCCCCUUGUACUCGAGUAUUUGGAAGGGGUGAGCUGAUCGAGGAUCGUAGAGCUAUAGCCAAACGGUAUCUCUCGUCCUACUUCAUUGUAGACAUUUUGUCAAUUCUUCCUCUACCUCAGCUGGUCAUUCUGAUUGUGAUCCCCAGUGUAAAUGCUCCAAUUUCUCUGGCCACCAAAGACCUCCUGAAGAUCGUUAUUUUCGCACAAUACAUCCCAAGAUGUCUUCGGAUUUAUCCCUUAUUCAAGGAGGUCAAUAGAACUUCAGGCCUAUUUACUGAAACGGCCUGGGCUGGAGCUGCUUUCAAUCUCUUACUCUACAUGCUUGCCAGUCAUGUCUUUGGAUCAUUCUGGUAUCUGAUCGCAAUAGAACGCAAGGACAGAUGUUGGCGGAAUGCAUGCCGUGAUCAUAAUGGUUGUAACUUAAACGAUCUUUAUUGUGGAGAGGACCGUGGAGACACUUCAUUUCUGAAUUCUUCAUGUCCGCUUCUCGAGCCUAAUGAGAUAAAGAGCCCUGCAGACUUUGACUUCGGCAUCUUUCUUGAUGUUCUUCAGUCACAUGUGGCUGAACACAGAGACUUCUCUAAGAAGAUCUCCUAUUGCUUUUGGUGGGGAUUGCGAAAUUUGAGUUCAUUGGGUCAGAACCUCAAAACAAGCACUUUUGUAGGAGAGAUUCUUUUCGCCGUUUUCAUCUCCAUUGUUGGGCUGGUUCUGUUUUCGUUGCUCAUAGGCAACAUGCAGAAAUAUUUACAGUCCAUCACUGUUAGGAUAGAAGAGAUGAGAAUGAAACGUCGGGAUGCAGAACAGUGGAUGUCGCAUCGUAUGCUUCCUGAGAACUUGAGGGCUCGUAUAAGACGAUACGAGCAGUACAAAUGGCAAGAAAACAGAGGCGUUGAGGAAGAAUCCUUGAUCCGUAAUCUUCCCAAGGAUUUAAGGAGGGACAUCAAGCGCCAUCUCUGCUGGACUUUACUAACAAGAGUGCCGAUGUUUGAGAAAAUGGACGAACAGUUGCUGGAUGCAAUGUGUUCUCGUCUAAAGCCCGUUCUCUACACGGAGAACAGCUUUAUUGUUCGUGAGGGAGAUCCCGUCGACGAGAUGCUAUUCAUAAUGAGGGGUAACAUACUUACUAUGACCACAAACGGUGGGAGAACUGGUUUCUUCAACUCGGUAUAUCUCAUGGCUGGAGACUUCUGUGGGGAAGAACUUCUGACAUGGGCUCUGGACCCCAACUCUUCGUCCAGCCUUCCUAUUUCAACCAGAACCGUGCAGGCUGUCAAAGACGUUGAGGCUUUCUGUUUAAUGCCGGAUGACUUGAAAAGUGUGACGUCCCAGUUUAGACGUCUCCACAGCAAGCAACUUCAGCACACUUUUAGGUUCUAUUCCCAGCAGUGGAGGACAUGGGGUGCCUGUUUUAUACAAGCAGCAUGGCGUCGGCAUUACAGGAGGAAGAUCGAAAAGAUGCUGCGAGAAGCAGAAGACAGACUGCAGAAUGCAUUGGCCAAGGAAGGAUCAGGGAGUUUGCCAAGCCUUGCUGCAACCGUUUAUGCAUCAAGAUUCGCCACCAAUAUGCUAGGAAACUUGCGACGUAAUCAUCCACAUAACAAUAUUUCAUCACCAAAAUUACCACCUCUACUGCUUCAGAAGCCAGCUGAGCCUGAUUUUAGUGCAGAAAAUCCUUCAUAGAAACUCAGUGAAUGUUAGAAUAGUUACGGGAGACUGCUAAAAUAAGAGUUCUCUAAUAUGGCUAUUUUCUUAUGUCUCCCAUUUGUUAUUACCAUACCGUUAUUUACCUCUUUGUACAUAUACAAUUGAGUUUGUUCCUGCCUAUGUAAUGUUUGAGAAUUUGAGUCGUGGGGAACAGAGUACAUCCAUGGCAGUGAAAUUAGAGAAUGAAAAAUUAUGCUUCA